CUUGCUUAUUAUUAGCCACCACCUCAUCCAAACUCUCAGCACAAACAACCUUCACUUAAUACAUCCACUCCUACGCUUCCCAAUCAAUCAAUCCCUCAAAAUGCAGUUCUCCAUCAUCGCCGCCGCUCUCUUCUCCACCGCCGCUCUCGCAGCCCCGGCCCCCGAGGUUGCUCCUCGCCAGUACACCCCCUGCUCUGGCUUGUACGGCACCUCGCAGUGCUGCGCGACUGACGUACUGGGUAUCGCCGACCUCGACUGCGCCAACCCUCCCACCGUCCCCACCGACGCUACCGACUUCAGCACCAUCUGCGCGGAUAUUGGCCAGCGUGCUCGCUGCUGCGUCCUACCCAUCCUGGGUCAGGAUGUCCUCUGCCAGACUCCCGCCGGUGUCGUCGAUUAGGAAGCCAUUUUUCUCCCUGUAUUAUCAGGCCAAUUCCAAGGCUUCAAUUCGAUGCUUUUGAUUUUAUAAUAUUUCUGGGCGUGUGUAUGACGGGAUGUCAGCUCCACGCCUACCUAGGUGAGAAGGCACUACGGUAGAAGGCGGGUCCUUUUGGGAGUCAGAAGGGAGGACGGAGCGGGUGUGUUUAGACAACAUGUGUAUAUGAUUUUACUGCUGAGGUUAGUCCUAGCCUGUGUCUUAUAUUAGAACUUCAAAUCAACAAGAAAUUUCUGCG